AUGGGACAGCAUUCAAGUAAAGCCUCCACUGAAGCAACCCUCGAAGUACCUUCAGCUGAUACGACAUCGAUCCGUACGGGACACCAGUCAUCUUCGUCAGUGAUCAGCGUGCCUCGCUCCAUGUUCACUCAAUGCAAGCACAAACUUUCGCGUAUCGAACUUUAUUCAUUGCAUCAGACAUUCGACGAGCUGAAAACAAUACAAUCGGAUCAGUUCGAGUGUAUUGAAGUCAAGGAGUUCCUGGCACAUUUGGAUUUACCACGAUCGAUUGAACCAGCAGGGAUUCUUUUAUUCAAGUCAUUUUCUUAUCUUGGAUCCUAUGGCAACGGGCCACCCGCAGCGAUUCGAUUGACAUUCCCAGCAUUCGUUACUGCAUUUGUCUUGUUGACGGGGAAAAUGGAUGACAAUGAUGAACAUGCACACAUGUUUGAAAGCAUGCUCUUUGAAUCACUUGCGAUCCCUACUUCUUCGGUCUCCGAUCAUGAUGAUACGACAACAUCACAACAGCAACCACCAGCAACAACAGCAGCAACAACAGCUGUGGAGAAGAAGGAUGCAUCCACUACUUCGACUCACAAAGGAGGAUUAUCAUUGGCGGAUUUGGGCGUGGACUUUAAUGAUUUGGAUUUUGAUACACUUGGAGAUACCCAUUCAGAACCAUCGAUUGAUGAUAGCAAGAUUCUGACACGUGAUUUGGUUUCCUUAUUUGCGCUCUUCCUUUGGAUUGCAAAGAUGGAAAAGGAACAAGGUCUCACAGCAAGUGGCAGCAACAUGCAAGAUGCGCUUUCGACCACGGAGAAUGAACAAAGUAUGGCACAGCAGAUCGUUCAAUCCAUGACAACAACAACAGCUACAACUACUACUAGCCCAAAGGAUGAUGAUGAUGAUGAUGAUGAUCAACAAGAGGCUGGACCCACCGUAUCCGAGCACGCAUUUUUUAAUUGGCAGCGACGCAAUGCACCUCAUUUGUUUCAAACAUUGCAAUCCUUCAUUUACAGCAAAUUCGCCAUUCAUAAUCAAGCCUCCUUCAAUACCAGCAGCACCUUAUCGGAUCUCGUUUUGAUGCAAGAUGUUGUCUCUGUUCCUGAUACAUCGGAUAUCCUUACACUGCCUUAUUGUGCUUUGUUGGCAUGGAGCCCAUUGCCAGACUUGGCACGUCAAAUCAAGAAAUGGCCACGACUGUACUCUGGUUAUGAAGAUGGAUUUGCCAUGAAUCGUUUCGAAAGUCGUGUGUUCAAGUAUCCAGGACCCACACUGGUCGUGAUCCAAGGUGAAAUCAAGGGGGUUGGAACAAAGACAUGGGCAUGCUAUGUGGAGGACAAGUGGAAACAAUCGAAACAACAUUAUUGGGGCAGUGAUGCUUGCUUUGUUGCCGAACUUGCGCCUACAUUUGAAGUGUUUUCAUCCACGCAUUGCAACUCCCAGUACAUUUAUUAUCACAACGACUUUGGUAUUGCAUUUGGCGGUACUACAAAAUCCAAUCAACCACCCAAACAACCCGUUGCUAUGCCAACCAACGCCAGCCAUGAUGAUCCUGCUGCCAUCCACGUACCAACAGGUUUCUUGUUGACACUUGACAACACUCUUCAACGUGGCAUUUAUUCUCAAGAAGCCUAUCCCGCUCUUCCUACGCUUACUGCAUCUGCAUCAAGGAAACGAUUCUAUGAACCAUUUGAGACCGUCAAUAUCGAGGUAUUUGGUUUGGGUGACGAAAAGGCACGUCAAAUCCAAGAACGGGAGUGGAACUUUGAGAAACGAGAAGCAUUACGUCGUGCUGGACUUCAAUUUCGACAAGCAGAUGGCAACAAGGUGGAUCGUGAAUUGUUACGCAUGGCGGGUAUCAUUGAUGACGACAAUCGGCAGGAACGUUAA